ACUUCCUUUCGAAUCAUUUUUCGAAAAACUCAUCAAAGAUAUUUAAAGUUUUACUCAGACUUCCCAUGACAGAUACUAAGGUUACGAUAUCGGUGGUCGACUCUUCGAGCAGUUCAAAAGAGGGAAACUAUGAUGAAGUCGUCGAAUCUUUCGACGACAUGGAGCUCAAGGAGGAGCUUCUUCGCGGAAUCUACGGAUUCGGUUUCGAAAAGCCAUCUGCCAUCCAAAAGAGCGCAGUUGCUCCAUGCACAACUGGUAAAGAUGUCACUAUUCAGUCUCAAGCUGGGAGCGGGAAAACUGUAAUUUCUCUAAUUGAUAUUCUUCAAGGAAUUGACUGUGAAGAUGCACACUUACAGGUCAUUCUAUUGGCUCCUCAAAGGGGGAUGGCUCAACGAGCGCAUGAGCAAUUGAAAUCUCUGGGCAGAAAUCUGAAUGUAAAUGCUACUUGUUUGGGAUUUGAUACAACUGCUGAAAACGACAAAAUAAGUCAUGUCUUGAUGGGAACUCCCAAAGAUUUUCUUAGCAAUAUCCCUUCCGAUACAUCCAGAAUUAAGAUGUUCGUUCUUGACGAGGCUGACGAAAUGCUUUCUAAAGGUUUCAAAGAUCAGAUCUACGAGGUUUUCCGUUCCAUGCCACAAGACGUUCAAGUAGUCCUUCUUUCGGCUACUAUGCCAUCUGAAGUUCUUGAUGUCACUAAUCGUUUCAUGCGUGAUCCAAUCCGUAUUCUUGUCAAGAAGGACGAGCUCACCCUUGAAGGUAUCAGACAGUUCUACAUCAACGUUCAAAAGGAUGAAUGGAAGUUUAAUUGCCUUUGUGAUCUUCUUAAGACAUCCAGAGAAACGCAGGCUUUAAUUUUCUGUAACACUCGGAGAAGGGUCACCCAGCUCACCGAGCAGUUGAUGUCCAUACCAAUAAAAGUAUCAUGUUUUCAUGGAAAUAUGGAACACAAUGAACGCGAGGAUAUGGUAAAAGAUUUCAAUUCGAGAAAUACUCGUGUACUCGUCACCACUGAUCUUAUGGCACGUGGUAUGAAUAUUCGUAAAUCACUCAUUAUCAACUACGAUGUAUCUGGAAAUAUGGAGAACUACAUGUUACGAAAUGGAAGACAAGGAAAUUUUGGUUCGAAAGGACUUCCCAUCAGUUUUUUCACAGAAAACGAUAUUAGUGAUCUCAAGAAAAUUGAAAAUCACUAUUCGACUCGAAUCGAAGAGAUGCCAGAAUCAUUCCUUGAAUAUCUCGAUGAAAACUGAUAUUUUCCCAAGUUCAGAGAAUUACUGAACCUGAGAAUUUCUAGAAAGCCUCUGUCAAUUUUCAGACAUUUUCUUUUCCAAUUUUUCUUCAAAAACGCUUUUUGCACAGUUUGCUUUCAAUGCUAAAAAAAUUGUUUUAAACCGACAAAAAUAUAAAUAAAUUAUUUAUU